AUGGCGAACUACAAUCAUGCCGAUCCAGAAGACCUGUAUACGAAGCAAGAUCGCAUCGGAAAGGGAUCCUUUGGAGAGGUAUAUAAGGGGAUCGACAAGCGUACCGGCGAGCCAGUUGCUAUCAAAAUCAUAGAUUUGGAGGAUGCUGAGGACGAGAUCGAAGAUAUUCAGCAAGAAAUCAAUAUACUCUCGCAACUCGACUCACAACACAUAACAAAGUAUCAUGGGUCGUACAUCAAGAAUUCGAGUUUGUGGAUUGUGAUGGAGUAUUGCCAGGGUGGUUCUUGUUUGGACCUGAUGCGCGCUGGAGUCUUUGAGGAAGUUUUCAUUGCGAUCAUAUUACGAGAGCUCCUAAAGGGACUGGAAUACCUUCAUGGGGAAGGAAAAUUGCAUCGUGAUAUCAAAGCCGCCAACAUUCUUCUUGCGGCAGAUGGCACCGUAAAACUGGCGGAUUUUGGGGUGUCGGGACAACUGACGGCUACCAUGACCAAAAAGAACACCUUUGUGGGAACACCAUUUUGGAUGGCGCCAGAGGUCAUCAAGCAAUCGGGCUACAACGACAAAGCUGACAUCUGGAGUCUGGGUAUUACUGCAAUAGAGCUGGCAAAGGGAGAACCUCCGUACGCGGAUUUACAUCCCAUGCGUGUGUUGUUCUUGAUUCCAAAAAACGAUCCUCCUCCAUUGGAGGGCAACUACUCGAAGGCAUUCAAGGAGUUUGUUGCGUUAUGUCUACAGAAGGAGAUAGAUCAGCGGCCUCCUGCCAAAGAAUUGCUGAAACAUCGCUUCAUCAAAGCGGCUAAGAAAACAUCUUUUCUCACGGAACUGAUUGAGCGGCACGAGCAAUGGCUGGCAGAAGGGGGCAGCGAGAAGGAAUCGUCCUCGGAUGAGGAGGAUGGUGAUGGGAACGCUGGAGAUGACGAUGGGGAUGGCGGUUGGAACUUUGGAACGGUCAAACACGCUGUCCCACCACCAAUGCCCAGCAGCUCAAACAGUCGGGAAGCUCCAUCAGCCGCGGCAUCGAGGUUGCCUCCCGCCAAUACUUUACCACCUCUGCCGAAAAAUCAUUCCCAGCAAGCAGUUGCGCCCACCGCACCGCCAGCGGUACUUAGCCCGCCAGGAUCUACUGUGCGGGGUCCCAAGAAUAACAAGGUGGAGCCAUCAAAUACAUCGGCCGAGAGCGGGCUCUCGUCCUCUGCUUUGGGCGGAACAGUGAGGUCGAAAGUUUCACCGGCGUCUCAAAUCAAAGAAGGGGAACGCGCAUCCACUGUCAGCCGAUCGAGUGUAGCGUCGGCCAACGGAACAGCACGGCCGGGAUCUCCAUCCCCAGAGUCGGACGUUCUCAAAACCAUCGUCAAUCCAGCAUGUGCGAAAAUAGAAAAGGCUGUACCUGGCGCAUCGCUUCUGACGGUGCGACGGGCGUUUGCCAUGGUUGAGCAGGAGCACCCUGGGAUCUCGCUACAAGUGAUAAGAGAGCUUGCGGAUCAGUUGCAAGCGACCUCCCCAUGA